UCUUGCCCUUCUGCUUCGCUUUCUUUUUACUUCUUGAGGAAGCCAUGGAGUCCCCUGAAAAGUCUAACAAGAUCAGGGAAGUGGUUCGACUCCGGCGGCUCCUCAAGAAGUGGAGGAACUUUGCAAAAUCGUCGAAAGCCGCCACAUCUGUCGCAGCCAUGAGCCCGAACCGCGGUAGCAUUCACAAGGGCAUCAACUUCCUCAAAAGAUCAAUAUCUUCUCUAUCAUCGGACGACGAUGACGGCAGCAACAACAGCAGGAAGCACAGCAGCAGCAACAACAACGCUGUCCCAAGAGGCUACCUUGCGGUCUGCGUUGGUGAAGAGCUUCAGAGGUUCGUCAUCCCAAUGCACUACUUGGACAGCCCGGCAUUCGGGUCCUUGCUGCAAGAGGCCGAGGAGGUGUUCGGAUUCCAGCAGACGGGUGUCCUGAGAAUCCCAUGCAACGUUUCGGUAUUCGGAAGUGUUCUAGAUAUGGUGGAAAGGGAGUAG